CCUCGGGGCUGGGUUCCUACCUCUGGUUUUAGUUUCGGUUCCCUCUCGUCGCUGCAGCCAUGGCAAAAGCUGGGGAGGGAUGUGGAGGGCCUGGCAGCCUGGAGGCCGAGCUGACCUGCCCCAUCUGCCUGAGCGUGUACCAGGAGCCGGUGUCGCUGGGCUGUGGGCACAGCUUCUGCCGGCCGUGCCUCGAGGAGGUGCUGGGAACGCAGCAGAGCUCCCAGGGCCUCUCGACCUGCCCCACAUGCAGGGCCUCCCUGGAGCCUGGAGUGAAGCUGCAGAAAAACUUCAAGCUGGCCAACAUCGUGGAGGCCUUCCAGGCCACCGCUCCCAAAGGACAAGAGGCUGGAAAGAAAAGCCUCCAACAGGGCAAAGGCUCCAAGAAGGGGAAGACGAGUGUGGUUCCCUGUGAGUACUGCCUGGAUGGGUCCCAGCCGGCCGUGAAAACCUGCCUGGUGUGCGAGGCGUCCCUGUGCCAGGCCCACCUGAGCAAACACAACGCCAAGGGUUUCAAUCAGGGCCACGUCCUGGUGGAGGUGGGAGCGGGCAAGGCGGAGGAGAGGAGAUGCCAGGAUCACGGCAAGCUGCUGGAAUGUUACUGCCUGAGAGAGGAGACGUGCAUCUGCAUGCUCUGCUCCAUCGCCGGCGCCCACAAGGGCCACGAGGUCAUCACCAUGAAGGAGGCACGCGACCAAGAGCUGGUUAAACUCUCCAACAUCAUGACAGAGCUGCAGGAAUCUAAAAAUUACUUAGUUACUGGCCUAGAAGAGCUUCAGAAAAGUGAGAAUCAGAUCAAGACCAAUACCAAAACACUGACAUCUCAGCUAGAAGAGCUGUUUAAAAAAAUAAAGACAGAGCUUGAUAAGAAAAAGAGGGUGAUCCUGAGAGACCUUCAGUAUAAUGAGGAAGCAGACCUGGCAAUCAUUGCUGACAAGAGGAAGAAAAUGGAGCAGAAGAGAGACCAGGCUGAGCAGAAUCUUCAGGCUUUGCAGAAGAGAAAAGAGCAACCAGAUAUUUUCCUCUUCUUCAAAGAUCUGAAACUGGUCACAGACAGGAUUGCCAGUCUGAAUCUGUACCCUGAGCAUGUGUAUGUGGAGGAAGUGCAGCUGGAUCAGAACUACACCAUGAGCCAGUUUGAAAGGCAGAAGCAGAGUUUUAUGUGGCAGCUGGACUGCCUGCUGCGGGACGUGCGCGUUAGAACUUGCCAACUAAAUGAAGAGCAGCAGCUUCUGUGUCUAAUAACUCCCCAGAAUGAAAACAUCAUGUAGGAGGAGCAACAUACAUACUUGUUUGAGAAUUUUGAUUCCCUUAGGCCCAGACCUAAGAGAGACAUGAAAAACAUGUCAGAACUGAGAUGGAAAGAAAAACUUAAAUAUUAUCCAAAAUUACCUCUAAUGAUGAGAACCUGCCGUGUGUUUUGAUCUCCCCUCCUACCUUGCAUUCAAAUCAAUUCCAUAACAUGUGAAAAUUUUUUUAUAAGUGCUAAGAAUUAAUAGGAACAUAAUAAAAUCUCCACCUGCUGCUGCAUUGAAAACUGUGGACUGUAUCAUCUCAUGGGUCCAAUUAUACUUUUGUACAAUGAUUUGUGAUGUUUUUGUCACUAUGUGGCUAAAUAACCAAAUAAAUGGCUCUAGAUACACAUAAGCAAGGCUGGAGGAUUUCAUACCAGCACCAGGAAUUAGUUGUUGAGAGCAUUUUUUGUGGGUAGACUCCUGAGAAAUCAAGGCUGAAGUUCUCUGUGCUUUUACAGGACUUGUGGCUA